GCAGUUCCUACAGGACUGCAUACAAACGCUGAAACUACACGGUUGGGUGAAAGUUUGGGCCUGUCAAGUAUUGGGUUUUUCCGCUGCACUGUUCAUAUUCAUCGUGUCUGUAACAAAAAUGGCUUGGAAAGCACCCAUUCUUCUGUUGUUUCUGUACAUUUCUGUAGCCCACGCUGAAUGCCCAAUCAAUCUCGACUAUGUAACUCAAAUGUCGUGGAAUUCAUCCUACUGCCAGUCGAUUCAAACUUCCGCCCAACUGGAAAACUGUCGCACCACAUUGAGAACUGUGAUUGGUGUGGGUCUUGCUCAAUUUCUGCGAGAUCAAUCCAUCUUCGAACUACCCAAUUAUGCCUCUGCCAUUGCCUGUUUCAGCAGAUUUCAACAGAAGCUCACCUCCAUGGGACUUCCCCAAAAUUUGGUUCAGCUAUGUUUCAAUGAUACAUCAGAUUAUGUCUCAAGUCCCCAUUUGUGCGGAGGCAUAAAGACGAAACAAGAUUGGGUUAAAUUGCUCGGACCCACUUCUUUGGACACCGCCUGUAAAGGAGAUCUCUCUGGUGUCCCUGCAUGUGGUGCAUGUUAUGCCAGUGGGGAAGCAGUUCACAGGCAGUUAACAGACAUGAUCAAAAACAUUUCAAAGAAAACCAGUCGAAAAUGUUACUAUUUCAUUUGCCUGUAUGCUGCAGGAGUGGCGAAUGAAUUAGGGCCCAUGACUACUCAGGCUGCUUCCUGCAUUCUCCGUGUGCCAUUUCUUCAGAGGAAGCCCAAACGACGGAUUCUGUUCUAUGGUUUUACAGGUGCCGCCAUUGGGUUCCUCCUGCUCUCUGGUUUAGGCCUCGGGUACUGCUUGUGGGUAAGAAUGAAGGGCAAGGCAAAGCACAGGUAUUUCGUGAGGAAUAACAGGAGUCUGUUAAAAGACACCGUGAAGCCCAAUAUGGGCGCUGUCUGGUUCAACAUUCACCGGAUCAAGGCUGCAACGGCCAAUUUCAGUGAUGCCAAUGUGGUCGGCCAGGGGAGUUUCGGAACAGUUUAUAAGGGUGUCCUCACCGACGGUCGCCCCAUUGCGGUUAAGAGGAUCACAAACUGCAAUUCGGAAGGGGAAACUGAAUUCAUCAACGAGGUGGAGAUCAUCAACAGCAUAAGGCACAGGAAUUUGGUGGCUAUGAGAGGAUUCUGUGUUUCUAGCGAUGACAAAAAGGGACGUCAGAGAUUCCUGAUUUAUGACUUCAUGGCGAAUGGGAGCCUUGAUGAACACAUUUUUGGGGGAAACAGGGGAACUCUGAGUUGGGAACAGAGGAAGAACAUUGCUCUCGGCACGGCUAAGGGCUUGUGUUAUCUGCAUUACGGCGUGCAGCCUGCAAUUUAUCACCGAGAUAUCAAGGCUACUAAUAUUCUGCUGGAUGAUGAAAUGAAUGCCUGUGUUGCUGAUUUUGGGCUUGCCCGAAUCACACACGGGCAAUCACAUCUCACCACAAGAAUCGCUGGUACCCAUGGCUACUUAGCCCCUGAAUAUGCUCUGUAUGGACAACUCACCGACCGGAGCGAUGUCUACAGCUUUGGUGUGGUGUUGCUGGAGAUCAUGAGCGGGAGAAAAGCUUUGGAUACAUCUGCUGAAGAAUUUCUUAUUACAGAUUGGGCGUGGAAGCUUGUCAAGGCGGGUAAAACUUCCCAAGUUAUAGAUGGCAAAAUCCGGGAGGACGGGUCUCAGAGCACAAUGGAGAGAUUUGUUUUGGUGGGUAUUCUUUGUUCUCAUGUAAUGGUGGCAUUCAGACCCAGCAUUGUGGAGGCAUUGAAGAUGCUGGAGGGAGAGGCUCAAAUUCCAGAAAUUCCAGAUAGGCCUCUGCCUCUCACAGGUCAUGGAGUUUUUGCUGAUGAACACGGCGACGGUGACUCUUCUGUUUCAGAUACUCUGCCGUCUUUCAGUUCAUUUACCAUUAUACGGUGACCAUGUACGCCUGUAUUUUCUGUUAGAUAGUAUUGAUUGUUAAUGCCGACUCCACUGUAAGUUCUUUGUCAUGACUGCGUACUGCGCAGACAAACAGCUGUAAAUUAAAAUCAUCGAAUUUCCACCGUUCAUAAU